UUUUGAGUGUUCGCCAUCUCGAAACUUUUUGUUUUGUUUUUUUUUUUAAGUUUUAUUACUCUGUGAUUAGUACAAUAAAUAAAAAUAUAAUCCAAUGUAUACCGUUCAAUGAUUGUAAAUGUGGUUUGGCAAAUAAGUAAUAACAAAAUUCAUUAACAUGUUUGGAUAUCGAUUCCAUUUUGUGCGCAGAUUCUUCAGAAGAUACAUGAACCCAAUGAGUGUUGAAGAAGCUGAAGCUAAAAAAACUAUGCUUGCAAAAGCAUACUUCUUUAUAAGUUUAGUGACGUUUGGUUCUGUACUAUACCAAGUGAAGCAAGGUCGCCUUGAUUGGAUAGCAUCUGAAGGAUUAGCUCCAAACGAUGAAGCAAAACUUUCACCUGCUUUUCAGUAUGCCAGAAUGCUAGGCGUUGAUAAGGCUACUGUUAUCAGAAUUAAAGGUGCUAGUGUUAUGGGUACUAAAGAUUAUGAUAAAGAAUCAUUUGAUCCAGCUCAACAUGUACUCGAAGAAGAGAAUUCUUCUAAAGAUCCUGAAAGAAAAUUUUUACAACUAUAAUUGGUAUUAUAAACUAAAAGUCUAGUCCACACAAUUAUUGAAAUGUAUAUAAAAAUAAAUACAGUUUAUUUACGUAGACUAUA